GCGCUCGUCAGUAUCGCCGCGCGCCUCGAAGUCUACGCUCCUUGAGUUGCAGCCGCUUUCGAUCGUCAGCAUUGCGUCCGCACCCGCCCUUAUCAAAAUAUUCCCGCAUUGAGAUCGAUCUGCACGUCUCUGUGAUAACGUGCCAGUGACGUCAUGACUUCAAUGUCCUGUUUAUAGUGAUAGUGUAUUCGUGAACGCCGGCUUGUUUUGUUUUUAAAUUGAUAAGAAGACAUACACAGAUCAAGCGUCGCUCGCGCACGCCGCAGUGCGUCUGCUCCAUGAGCAUUCUUGGCAUGAGAAUAAGCGCGUACGGUGUGACGCAAUGGUUGCGUGAUCGGUCAUCAUGCGCCUCUUCCGUGGGCCGAAGCGCAGGGAAGUGACCGGGCCGCAGGCUGCAACGCCAUCUCCCCGUAGAGACCUCACCGGUACCCGCCCAGACCCCACACACGAUUAUACGCUUGUUACCGCGCUCCCAGCCAUGGUCAUGGAGGACGAUGUCAGGGAGAUGAAGAAAGUGUUUGCAACAUGGGGUCGGCGUAUGGGGAAGAAGCUAGAUAUGCUCAAAAAAGAACCGAAAGAUAUAGAUGAGUCGCCCUCUAAUGAUGUCGUGAAACGAGACCUGUCACCUGCACCUGGCCAAUUUAAGAAGAAACAAAAUUGGAAAAUGGGUCGAAGUACUUCAGACUCCGCAUCAUUGAAGAAGGACAAUGAUACUGAUUCCAUAAGAAGCGGUUCAAGGGAUAGGUCUCCGAGUCCAUUCAAAUCUUUUUUUCAUCGUAUGGGUUCAACAGGGAUGUUAAAUACGUCUAAGACACAAUCUUUAAAUACACAUAAGCCUCCCGAAACUUACAAUAAUGGAUCCACAUUAUAUCGAAGCUGUUCAACUUCUCAUUUAUCCACCUACAUAAAAGCUGAUGAUCCAUCUGACGACAUCGAUUUACAAAACACGAACAAUGAAAAUAAAAAAUCUCCAACUAAACAGAAAAUUACUUUACACAACGAAGAAACUUUCGUGAACUCGUCAACAAAAGCCAUAAGCUGCGAUAAUAUAUCUAAGCUCGAUGGACCACAAAGCAACUCCUCCAAUAAAAAGCCCAAUUUUCCUUAUGCUUUCUUACGAUCAAAACUGUCUGUUUUACCCGAAGAAAACAGUAUAACGUCACAGCAUAGAUCGAUAUCUAUUAGGCAGAGCUUUUCAGAAAGAAUAGAUAGAAAAUCACCAAAGUUUCGAAAGGAAAGAUUAUACUUAACAAAUUCUCGAUCAGAGGAGCGGUAUAGAAGCAGUGAUAAUAUAUCCGUUCAUGAAGGAAGUGUAUACGACAGUAAUUCUGCACUAAGAACUGAUAUCGAUUCCUCUAGAAAUUCAAUUCGAAGUAUUAACGAAAUCGACGGCACACCUUAUCCAUAUAGAAGAAUCGACGACGUCCCACGAAGGUCAUCUAUGAUCUCACAUAGACCACCGAUAGACUACGACCCCAUGCUUAUGCCCCGGAAUAGAAACAGUCUUCCUGUUUAUGAAUAUGGUUCGACUCUUGGUUCUAUCCAAGAUUUAAAGUCCGAUUUAGCUUCCUCUAGCCAAAGCAUACACAGGGAAAUUUUACAAGCUCAUCGACUGAGUAGUUACAUCAGUUCUAACGAAUCUGGAUACGAUAGCGACGGCAGACCAACUGAUGAACAUAGCAAUCACUCUCCUCCUGGAUUCAGUCACCUAUCUACCGGCUCUUGUACCCGGGAUGGAAAUUAUGGCAAUUUUACAAGACAGUUAAGCUUAAAUCAGAAAAUAAAUGUCAGUAGAGUUCAAAUUCCAGCACGAAGAAGCUCAACGCCAUGUGCAUUAUUCCCAAUAGAAAAGAGUAUUUCCUAUGAACGAGAAAAUGAAAACAAAACACCAAAGUACGCUAAAAAUAUUUCAAAUCAAAUUACAAUUGAUUAUAGUGAUGCUAAACCACCGCCUUUACCAAAAAAAAAUAUGAGUAAAAAAGUGCCUUUUGUUUACAAAACAAUUACAUUAGAUGAUCGUUAUCACCCCAGAAAAACUAACUAUUUACAAUCUCAGCUGUCAGCUUUUGAAAACUUAUCAACUCCAAACCUUUGUGAAAAUAUAACUUCGGGUCGUGUAUCUGAUAUUAACAAUUUGGAAAAAGAUUUAUUUGGUAGAGGACCGUGUACAAAGCGAUUUAGAAAAAUCAGACUUAUAAAAACUAGAUUGGAUGAAAGUCUUGGCGUAUAUCUUGCUCAACAUCGAGUGGACUUUGACAGAAGUGGUUCCAAUUUCGAAGUUCGAUAUAUCGUAGUAAAGCUCGAUUUUGAUGGCAUAGCUCACAGAGAUGGUAGACUGCGAAUAGGAGAUGAAAUAGUCAGUGUAAACGGAAAAGUACUGAGAGGAUUAUCAUCUCUCAAAGAGGUUCAACAUAUUGUAAAUUCAUGUUCUACUGAAGCUGACCUCGAAGAAGGAGCUUUGUUUCAAAGAUACGAAGUAGACUUAGUUAUGGCCCAUGACGAAAUAAACCCUGUUAGCCUAGGACGCAUAAUAAAUAAUCAACGUUGUGAAAAUAAUUCAAAGGAACCUAACCGUUUAUCAAAUGUGCCCCCUGACAUUAUCUCGCAAACGAUACAUAAACCAAAACCAACAAAUUCUAUUAUUAUGGAAACACACUUCCCAAGUGAUAAUAACCUUUACGUAGAAAGUGAUCUGACAGGGCAGUUACAAGAUUUAAACGAUAUGCAAACCAAAUGUGAAGGAGGUCUUCAAGUGAGUAACAGAGUACUAAUGUCAAAUCAGAUGAGUGACGAUGAAAAAUUAUUAGAGCGGAACUGUUUUACACCGGUUCACCCCUCUUUGCAAAAUAUAACAAAUAUAGAAGUAUCUAUGCGCUCUUCGCCAACGCCUAAAAAUAAUACAAAUUACAGACCCAUAUCUCUGCACGGAUCUAGGACGCCUGUCUCAGUAUGUACAGAUAACGAUACGAAUGAAAUAAAAGAAAACGCGUCUCAUUAUAUAAAGAACGUGCCAAGACUCUACCACAACAGAUCGUUUGAAAGUAUUCCAGAACAAUUAAGAAGCAGUAAUCGCAGUCGAUAUUUUAGUAGAGUAGGUUCACAGAGAUCCUCACAAAAUUAUGGUUCACACGUCUCUCGUCACAAAGAGCACAUCAGCUCUGUUAAUCAAGAGCGUCAACAAUAUUCUAACCAUUCUAUUCAUAAAGUACAGUUUUGGAAGGGUCCGGGUCAAAAAAGUCUUGGAUUCAGCAUUGUUGGAGGAACUGAUUCGCCUAAAGGGCAAAUGGGUAUAUUUGUCAAAACAGUUUUCCCGAAUGGCCAAGCUGCUGAUAAAGGAAAUGUUUAUGAAGGCGAUGAGAUAUUAUCCGUAAACAACGUGCCAACACGUGGUUUAAGUCAUGCUGGAGCAAUAUCCCUUUUCAAACAAGUUAAAGAAGGAAAAAUCGAAUUGACGCUUUCAAGAAGAAGAGCUCCAAGGUCAAGAUCGGUCGAGCCUCUUGGUCAUUUCCGCGGAGACAGUAAAUGACCUGUAUAAAAAGCAACAGACCUCCAAAGAAAAUCUGUUAUCGAGUGCAAUAAUUUUCAUUUUAUCGAUAAGCCAAAGGCGUCACUUAACUUAUAAGUUAAAGUUGAGGUACGUAGUACUACUCGUCGUUGUUACAACGAUUAGCUUAAGCUUGUAGAUCUUUUGUAUUGUGUAGUCGAUGUUCGAGUAUUAUAUUAUUGUAUACGCAAUAAAUGGUCGUAGAAACAUACUCGUAACUUACAGAUAUAUAUUAUUUUCUAGUAUCAUGCAGCACUGUAAUAUAUUCCUCGUUCUUUCAAUAAUGAAUAACAUGGCAAAAGAUUACGAUUUAUCAGAUCAUUUUAUAUGUUGAUCGAUCUUUCCUUGGUAAUGUAUUAAAGUUUGUAUACCUUUGCUUUUGUAAAUGUAUUAAAGUUAAGACAAUUAAAACUGUUACUUAGUGAGUAGUACUUGAAUUAAUUGUCUUUUUUUGUUUAUACUUUAAGCUUCAGUAAAAAUAAGACUAUUGUAUCAAUUAGCCUUACACUGUGAAUAUAAGACUGUAUGUAAUUUAGCUUAAGACUAUUAUGAAUUGAUGUGUUUAGACUUCUAUUGCGGUAGGAAUGCUAGAUCUCGUUAUUUCCAUUUUUAUGUUUUUCUAUUUAACACUUAGGAUUCAUUUACACAAAUUAUAGACUGAUUAAUAGAAAUUUGCUAAUUUGUACCUACAAAUACUGCCAAAGUUUUAGUCUUAACGUGAGUAAUAUAAUCCCUAAUAAUAUGCUACUGAUCAAAUGUGUACUUUAUAAAUUAUUAACACGAGUGCUUGACGAAAUGGCAUUACUAGUUCAAUAAUUUGGUAACAAUCUGAUAUUUUUUCUAGCAGAUAGAGGGCUUCGUUUUUCAAUUGAUAAUGUUCAGUUUUUGUUCAGAAAAUUCAUGACUUAAACAAUCUAAAUAGAAAAAUUUAAAUACAAAUUCAAAAAGGAAUAUGCCUCGAUUGACUUCUUAUAUUUUUUUUAUAAUCUUUUCAUUGGUUAAAGAUAGCUGUGUAGUGAAAGCUUCUAACAUUUUAGCUAAUCCAGUGAAUUCUUAGAACGAUCAGGUGCGAAUUUUAUUUUCCUUUUUGUUAGUAAAAGGUCUGAAAAUUUACUUUUGUCUUUUUUGUAUUUUUAUUAUAAGUACUUAUUGAAUGUAAUUUAAACUAAGCUAACAAACAAUACACACAGCCAGCGAAUAUCUCCGUCCAAUGAAAACGUGAAAGUCAAUUACCUUAUCAAGCAGAGGACUAAAUGGGAUAACUUAUUCCUGCAGUUUUUACAAUACCAGUACUAAUUUUCUAAAACUGGCAUAAAUUAUUGUAAAUAUUUAUAAGCUAUUAUAAAGAACACGACAGUAUUGUUUAAUAUAUACGAAAUUGUAAAUAAUAUAUUACGAUACCUCUCGACGCUUCCAUACAUGUUAAAUAAAACACGCUAAAAUUA